AAUGAGAAGAAUAUUUCCAGACGAACCAAAAGGGAAAAUGAGAAGAAUAUUUUCGGACGGGGAGUACUAAAAUAUUUGUCAUUUCUUAAUACAGUAUUUACAAUUAUUUUAGUUUCUUAAUAGUACAAAAAAGGCCAGGUUCGUCUUUGCAGCUGGAAACGGGAUCCACAAUGACCGGAGAAGGGAAACUUCCGCCAUCGCCGCCGGCGGCAAAUGCUCAACUCUUCGGCCUGUUAACAAAUCUUCUCCAGCAGGUUGAGUCACUCUCUAAUCAAGAGGAGGUGGAGUUACGCGCCAAGAUACAGGCCCUAGGGCAGGAAGUCACGAAAGUUCCUUCAAAAUCAGCACCUCAUCUUGAUGAGAUGGAGAUUGCCAAGGAGUUGGAUAAGCUAUCAUCAAAGCUGGAUGAUGUAGAAGAGAUGGUUUCCUCAGCGGGCCCUCAGGUCAUGUCUCUCUUAAGCACAACUUCUGAUCUAUGGAUGCCUGUCAUGACUGCCGGUGCCGAUGAGGGUAUGAGCUUCACAGAGACGGUUCGUGAGGAGAAUCAUAAUGUUAAUGGGAAAGAAUCCAAGUAGGUUGUUAGAAUGUUAUUGUUUUCUUAGUUUAUUUAGGCCAUAAUUUACACGAAGUUUAAAAAAUUGUCAAUAAUGACUCUUUUUUCUCCGUUGGCAAUGAACUCUGUUUUGCUUUUCUGAAUAAAUGGUCUUAAUUUACAUUUUGAAGCUCCGGAUUUUCUGCAUGAAACUAUUGAAGCUACUAUACAAGCUCCACAAUGGAGCCAUACAUACAUUUUGAUUUGGAAAGGUGCACAUGAAUACUCUCACAUGUUUGGUCCAUUUCAAAAACAUUCUCAAGACUUGUGACAA